UGCAAGCAUUUGCUGAUGCAAGCAUUUGUGCUACAGGAGUUCCUCAGUCAGCCAAGAUGCGUGCAACGGUGCGCCGAAAUGAACGCCUCCAUUUCCUGCGCCUGGUCUGCCACCGUCUUCGAAGAACUGGCUGUGGACGGGGCUGGACCUGCACACUCGGCAGCCUGCGGUAGCUCAUACCGCCGAUGCUCCGCCUGGCUCGGCCUUUACCGCUGGCCCGUGAUAUGGCCGGACGCGACCGCACUCGACGGUGGCGGAACAGCCUCGCGCCGGUGGUACUGUGCGAGUGUGGACGGAUUCACACCCGUGCCGCAGCACUGGAGAGCCGGCGAGCCGGACGGGACCGACCGCAAUGACGGUCACGUCGGUCACUGCGCCGCGGUCGGCGCGGACGGCUUGUUGACCGACGCAAGCUGCGCAUCGCGCCACCAGUGCGCGUGUGAGCGCCGGGGCGGUGGCCAGGCCGCGAGCUACUCGGAGCGGAUGGCGACAAUCAUGCACCGCGGCGUCGGCUUCCUUGCGGCGGAGGAGGACAGCGCUCCGGCGCCGCAUCUAGGAUCGCUGGGCCUGCGCGCGCGCCUCUCGACCGCCUACGCGGCGGAGGUCGAGAUGCGCGCGCGGGUGUGCUACAUCAUGCUCGGUGUCGGCUGGUUCCUCUUUGUGGCGGGGUGGGGCCCACUGCCGCUAGUUCGGCUCGAGCCGGCCGGCGUGAUGCUCGGCGGCGUCUUCGGCAGAAACAUGGUGCUCGAGGGGUCGGCCGCGGCGCUCGGCCCCCUGCUGCUCGCCCUCUCCCUCCGCCCCACCGACGCGGCCAACGUGCGAGCCGCCUCUUGGCUGAUGAUGCUCUUCACGCUCUCCCUCGCGACCAUCUUCAUGCAAGUGGCCGCCGGCUCGUAUUGGGCGUACGCGAACGGCUCCCCAGCCCCCCCCUUCCUCGUCCGCUCCGCGCCGCGCCGUUCGCCCCUCGUCGCCGCGUUGGGCGGCGUCUCGCUGCUGCAGGCGCUGGCGCAGCUGCUCGCCGCCGCCGCCCUCUUUUCGUCGCCGCUGCGGGUGCCUCGCAGGGCGCUGACGCGGCUGUGGCACACCCUCCGCUGCCUCUACGCAACGCAGAGCGUGCUGACUCUCCUUCAGCUGGGCAUGGCGCUGCAGCUGGACCCCUCCUUCAAGCACAGUCUAUUCUUCGCGCACAGAGUCGUUUGGUGCGUCAACGCCAUCGCCGGCGCCGUUGUGCUCACCGCUCGGAGGAGGCGCCGCAUACAGGCCUCCAUCGCCCGCGCGCUGCUGCCGGAGGAUCGGAGGGGUCUCGCCGCCGUCGGCGCACUGAUGGGCGGCAAGACGUCCGCCGCCGCGUUUGCCGCCGCCGCCGCUUCCUUUCGCUCCCUCUCCUUCCGCCAGAUCCGGCCCGGCGAUUUGGCGAGCUCGGCCGACAGCGGGCUGCACGCGCUCACGCGGCCAGCGAAGCUGGGCGAGGUCGACGCCUUCGUGUCGCACAGCUGGCUUGACGACGGCGAAGCCAAGUUCGAGGCGCUUGCGGCGUGGGCGGAGAGCUUUGAGAGCGAGCACGGCCGGCCGGCGUGCGCGUGCAUCAACCAGGAGCACAUCGAGGCUUCGCUCGCCGGGCUUCCCGCGUACCUCUCGGGCUGCCGCUUCCUGCUCGUGCUUGCGGGGCCGUCCUACUUGCGGCGGCUCUGGUGCGUCGUCGAGGUGUUUGUCUUCUCGCUGAUGACGCGCGGCUCCGCCGAGCGCAUCGUCGUCCUUCCUUUUGGCGACCACAGCCGGCACACGCCCGCGACGCGUCCACGGCGCACCCGCGCGCUCACGGGCGCGGGCAGCCGCGAUGGUGGCGUGGGUGGCGCUGACGCAAUUCCGAGCGUCAGGACCCUCGCGGGCUUCUCGCUCUCGGCCGCGUCGUGCGCGAUCAAGAACGACGAGCACCGGCUCCUCGGCGUGAUCGAGGCGGCGUUCGGCGACCACGCUUCCUUCGAGUCGCCGUUCCGUGCGCUCCUCUGCAGCCGCGUCUUUGGUCCGUCGGCGCAGUGCCGCGCCUCGAGAGCCGACGGGUCGGGCAGCUCGCGCAGCGAGAGGCGUGCGGGCGCCGCCACGGACGGCAGCGUGGAUGGCCGCGGCCGCGUCGCGCGCGUCUGCCGCUUGCUGCGGCGCGUUCUCUCCCCGGCACCGGCCGAGAGGCGCAGAGGGGAGGGGGGCGGUGUGGAGGCAAUGAUGUGCCGGCAGGCGAGUGGGAGUAGGAACUCACUCGUGUAGAAAGUAAACGACGGACACUUUGGCACGGGACGGCUAUCUACCAAGA